ACGCUAGGUCGGGGGGGCUGAUUCAGCCUUUUUAACUUGAGGCGGACGUGCAGCAACACGUCGCUUCCUUUAGUGUGAGGAAGAAUAUCCUUCACAUCGGCAUUGGUAGCGGAGCUACCGUCUAGCGGAUUCGAUCCACGGUGCGGAGUGCGUCGCGGAAGUUGCGAUUUUGUUCCAGAGCGCGGCGGUGCAUCAUGGGCUGCGGGACAUCAAGCGCAAAAGGUGCAGGUAGUGGCAGCUCGGCCAAUGGGAAGUCGAAGUCGUCCAAGCAGAACGAGAAGCAGGCGGCCAAGCUGGAGAACAAAGAGUACCAGGCGCGGAUGCACUUCAUACAGCAGGUUCCCCUCAUGAAGCGUCUGCCCAAGGA